GGCGAAUAAGCCUUCAGUCGUUUGGUCCUGAAGAAAGACUACGCUUUAAUAUUCGUUUUCAUCUCCUUUUCUAUUUAAAAAUUUGAAUAUGCAUGUGAAAUUUUUACUUGUCGCAAUGUUGUUCGCGAUCGUGGCGUGGAAACCAGCAGAAAGUGCCACUGCCGAGCAAAUGGACAAAAUGGCAAGGAGUCUGCGCAGGUCUUGUUUGCAAAAAAUCGAUAUAUCAGAAGAUAAAGUGGAGGGCAUGCGAAGAGGUGAAUUUCCAGAAGAUCCAAAUCUUAAGUGCUAUACGAAUUGCAUUAUGAAAUUAAUUCGAACCUUUAAAAAUGGCAAUAUCGAUUUUGCUAUGGUGAUCAAGCAAGUAGAACUUUCGAUGGCACCGGAAGAAGCAGCCAUAAUGAAGGAAGCUAUACUGAAAUGUAGUCAUAUGGAAUACACCGGUGAUGAAUGCCAGAAAUCAUAUACGUUCGUAAAAUGCACCUACGACACGAAUCCGGAAAAGUUUUUCUUUCCUUAACAAACGACAUUCACGACAAACUGCACCAUCUUUCGAAGAGGCGCCGUGCAAAUUUAUCAAACUGCAAACCCACGAUCGCGAGAUCGAUAGAAGGAGCGAGCCACCGAUAACGUGUACGAAUAGUUUACUUAUUUUGAGCUGUAAUUUUCUUAAAUUUAGUAUGACGUUAUAUAAUACGAUCGUAAACUUUAAGAAAUAUUUUAGGUUGACAUUAAUUUUGCAAUCAAAAUAAUGUUAGUGAUCUACAUUACUGUGUUAUUAUACUUUCUUAUGUUGUUAGUUAUAGAGAAUGAAAUGUCCGAUUUUUAGCAAUUCAUACAUACUUCUGCUGAAACCUAAGAAAAGGAUAUGUUUAUAUAUCCUUUACACAUGUAUGUAAAUAUUAAAGAUGCAUAAACGAGAAAAUCAACUGUCUGAAAGACAAAGAUAUUCGUCGAAGGCGAUAAAAUUCGAUAUUUUAUACGUUACGAUCUAAUAUCGUACUGUAUCAAACAUUCGCAAUAAAAUAGCGUGAAGGUAUAA